GACACGUCCUCUACGGGUGAACGAGGAGGCUGGAAUGGAAACGGAGUCGAGGGGGGCGAUACUUCGUCUAGAGCAGAGCUCCAUCAGUAGACUCAAAUCACCCAGUAGUAGUAGGUUAUACAGCCGUUAUUCCCCUUUUCCAGCCAAGUGACUAAGUGAUAGGAGAAGGACAUCUCUGGCAUAUAUAUAAUUGGAACAAUCGUUGGCUUUAUGCGGGGGAAAAUGCAACCUUCAAGACUAAAAGGAACGUGAUGGGAAGAGCAUAUAUAUACAAUUUUUUUUUACAGAAUAUUCUAACUCGACGUCCAUUGGAGGAAAGCAGUUAAUGUUUAUAGCUCUGUGCUUCGUCAUCAUUCAACGUUAGAUUUUUGUUUCAUGGACCAUUUUAUAUAUUAUUAGCCUACCAGUACAGGUCUAAUGUCUUAGUUUAGCACAUGAUUUAGCUGUAGAUAGGUCAGCUGCCUUUACAGGCACAGACUAGAUGGGAUUCAAUGGUUUAAUGUUUUUUGAUGGAUUCCUUGUCCUUUAGUAAGUAAGUAGCAAGACAAUCUAAGGUAGCUGCUGGUCCGAGAAUUGUGGAUUAAUUAAAUUUUUCAGCAAAACCAGACGUCUAUGGACAUUUGUUCGUCAUCGGCGAAAUGAGUGUAUGUUUAAUUAAACCAAGCACAUGAACGGCGUCUAAAUUAAGGUCGUGUUCAGAGGGGUGAAAACCGACGUUGAGAAUAUUCCCCGACAAGGAGAAAUACAAUUUAAUUCAUAUUCUCUGGAAUUGUUGCUGUCCACCACAAGGAAAUGGGAAGCGAGGUUUUUACGCCGUUGCUGGAGCAAUUUCUGCUCACGCCUUUGGUCGCCUGGGUUAAGGCGGCUGGGCAUUCAUCUGGAAACGAUGGCACCAAACUAUCGGAAUACAUUGAAUUAGUGGAUGGCAUUUAUUUAAACGAGAUCAUGCUUGAGAUAAAUCCUAAAGCCACUGUUCAAAGAACCAACAAGAAAGUGAACAAUGACUCAACACUGCGCAUACAAAACCUCUCCAUCCUGAUCCGACAGAUCAAGUCCUAUUACCAGGAGACCCUCCAGCAGCUGGUGAUGAUGCCUCUCCCCAACGUGCUGGUGCUGGGCAGGAACCCUCUCAGUGAGCAAGGACUGGAGGAGAUGAGGAAGCUUUUGUUGCUGUUGCUUGGCUGUGCCGUCCAGUGUGAGAAGAAAGAGGAGUACAUCGAGAGGAUCCAGACCUUAGACUUUGACACAAAAGCUGCCAUAGCAUCUCACAUCCAAGAGGUGACCCACAACCAGGAGAAUGUUGUGGACCUGCAGUGGCUGGAUGGGGGCGAGCUGCCCCCAGAGGACCUGGACUCCUUCUCCAGGAACAUGGCCUUUCAUCUCAAACGCAUAGUGGACGAGAGAGACGACCAGCUGGAGACCAUCGUGGAGCUGACCCAGGAGAGGGACUGUGGACUGUACUCUCCCCAGCCGUUCUGUGCCCAGUCGCCCAACGACUCGCCCAGCAUGCGCCGCACAGAGAGCCGGCAGCACCUGUCUGUGGAGCUGGCCGACGCCAAGGCCAAGAUCAGACGUCUGCGCCAGGAGCUGGAGGAGAAGAGUGAGCAGCUGCUGGACUGCAGACAGGAACUGGACAACAUGGAGACUGAAAAUAAGAGGGUUCAGCAAGAGAGCCUGCAGUUGUUGUCGGACGCCCGUUCUGCCAGAGCAUAUCGUGACGAGCUGGACGCUCUGAGGGAGAAGGCCGUCAGAGUGGACAAGCUGGAGAGUGAAGUGGGACGCUACAAGGAGAGGCUCUACGACAUUGAGUUCUACAAAGCCAGAGUAGAGGAGCUGAAGGAGGACAACCAGGUGUUGCUUGAGACCAAGGCCAUGCUAGAGGACCAGCUGGAAGGAACCAGGGCUCGCUCUGACAAACUCCACGAGCUGGAGAAAGAGAGCCUGCAGCUCAAAUCCAAGAUCCACGACAUGGAAAUGGACCGGGACAUGGACAGGAAGCGUAUUGAGGAGCUGCUAGAGGAGAACCUGGUCCUGGAGAUGGCCCAGAAACAGAGCAUGGAUGAGUCUCUCCACCUGGGGUGGGAACUACAGCAGCUCUCCAUGACCCCUGACCUGACAGAGGUGCCUCAGAAGUCCCUGGGCCACGAGGUGAAUGAGCUGACAUCCAGCCGGCUGCUGAAGCUGGAGAAGGAGAACCAGACCCUGCUGAAAACUGUGGAGGAGCUGAGAGGUUCUGCCAGCAAACACGUCCCCGCACGUCUCCUCAAGGCCGACAAGGAGAACCAGAGGCUCACCCAGAGGCUGGUGCAGCUGGAGAGUGAGCUGAACACAGAAAGGGAGAGUCUGCACAGUGCAGAGCAUCUUGGCACCGACCUGAUGAAGGAGAAGGCUCUGCUGGAGAAAACCCUGGAGACGCUGAGGGAGAAUUCUGAGAGACAGGUGAAAGGCCUGGAGCAGGAGAAUGAGCAUCUGACCAAUACCGUCUCGUCACUGAGGCAACGCUCCCAGGUGGGUCCUGAGGCGCGGGUCAAAGACGUGGAGAAGGAGAACCGCGUGCUGCACGAGUCCAUCCGGGAGACCAGCUCCAAGCUCAACAAGCUGGAGUUUGAGCGUAAGCAGCUGCGUAAGGACCUGGCGGUUUACAAGGAGAAGGGCGAGAGGACAGAGGAGCUGGAGGUGGAGGCGCAGCGGCUGGAGAGGGAGAACGAGGCCCUGCAGAAGCGAGUAGCCAGCCUGGGCAUCACCUGUGACAAGGUGGCGUCUCUGGAGAAGGAGAACGCAGAGCUUGAGGCAGAGGGCCGUCGUUUGAAGAAGAACGUGGAAGGCCUGCGGAGCACCUCCUUCCAGCUGGAGGCCCUGGAGAAGGAGAAUGCCCAGCUGGACGAGGAGAACCUGAAGCUCCGCAGGGCUGCAGAGGUGCUCCGCUCGGCCGGGAACAAGGCGGCUCAGCUGGAACUGGAGAACCGGGAGCUGGAGAGCGAGAGGAGCCAGCUGAAGAGAAGCCUGGAGCUGCUCAAAGCCUCCUCCAGGAAGACGGAGAGGCUGGAGGUGAGCUACCAGGGCCUGGACAUGGAGAACCAGCGGCUGCAGAAAUCCCUAGAGAACAGCAGCCGCAAGAUCCAGCAGCUAGAGGGGGAGCUGCAGGACGUAGAACAGGAGAACCAGAGUCUGCAGAGGAGCUUGGAGGAACUGAAGAUCUCCAGCAAACGUCUGGAGCAGCUGGAGCAGGAGAAUAAGACUCUGGAGCAGGAGAGCUCUCAGCUGGAGAAGGACAAGAAGCAGCUGGAGAAGGAAAACAAGAGGCUGAGACAGCAGGCGGAGAUCAGGGACUCCAAGCUGGACGAGGACAACCUGAGGAUCAGCCACCUGGAGAAGGAGAACCGCUCACUGGGCAAGGAGAUGACCUCCUUCAAGGACUCCUGCAACCGCCUUAAAGACCUGGAGAAGGAGAACAAAGAGCUGGUCAAACAGGCCACUAUAGAUAAGAAGACCCUGGUCACUCUGCGAGAGGAACUGGUGAGUGAGAAACUGCGGACUCAGCAGAUGAACAAUGAUCUUGAGAAACUGACCCACGAGCUGGAGAAGAUAGGCCUUAACAAGGAGAGGUUGCUGCAAGCCGAGCAGAGCUCUGACGACGACAGGUACAAGCUGCUGGAGUUCAAGCUAGAGUCCACUCUCAAGUCUUCUCUGGAGAUCAAGGAGGAGAAGAUAGCUGCCUUGGAGGCCAGACUGCAGGAGUCCUCUAACCUCAACCAACAACUGCGCCAGGAACUUAAAACUGUGAAGAAGAACUACGAGGCCCUGCGACAGAGGGAGGAGGAGGAGGAGAGGAUGGUGCAGAGCUCACCCCCCAGAGGAGGGGACAGGGAGGACUCUCAGGCCGUCAACAAGUGGGAGAAGGAGAGCCACGAGACCACCCGGGAACUGCUCAAGGUCAAAGACCGCCUCAUUGAGGUGGAGAGGAACAAUGCCACCCUCCAGGCAGAGAAGCAGGCCCUGCAUACCAACCUGAAGCAGCUAGAGACCCAGAGCAGUAACCUGCAGGCCCAGAUUCUGGCUCUGCAGAGACAGACUGCCUCUCUACAGGAGAACAACACCACACUACAGACCCAGAACGCCAAACUACAGGUUGAGAACUCAACGCUGAACUCCCAGAGUGGCGCUCUCAUGGCCCAGAAUGCCCAACUGGCGACGCAGCAGUCCAGUACGGAGAACGAGAAGGAGGGGGCGAUGAGGGACAGGGAAGACCUGAGGUCCACCUAUGAGAUGCUGCUAAGGGACCAUGAGAAACUGGCUGCCCUGCAUGAGAGACAGGCCUCCGAGUAUGAGGGCCUCAUCGGCAAACAUGGAGGCCUGAAAAGUUCCCACAAGAGUCUAGAGUCACAGCACAGAGACCUGGAGGACAGGUAUAACCAGCUGCUGAGGCAGAAGGAUCAGCUAGAAGAGCUGGAGAAACAGCUGAAGUCAGAGCAAGAGAAGAUGCUGUCUGAGAACAAGAGCCACGAGGCCACGGCUGCAGACUACCACAAACUGAAGGAGGAGAAUGAAAGGCUGAACAUGGCACACCGUCAGCUGGUGAAGGAUAAUGAGGGCCUGCAGGCCGACCAUAAGAACCUGAAGAGCCAGAUGAACGGUGCCAAGCUGGAACAGACCCGCAUGGAAGCGGAGUUCUCCAAACUCAAAGAGCAGUACCAGCAGCUGGACAUCACCUCCACAAAGCUCACUAACCAGUGUGAGUUGCUGAGUCAGUUGAAAGGGAACCUGGAGGAGGAGAACCGUCACCUGCUGGACCAGAUCCAGACCCUGAUGCUGCAGAACCGCACCCUGCUAGAACAGACCAUGGAGAGCAAGGACCUGUUCCACGUAGAACAGAGACAGUACAUAGACAAGCUGAACGAGUUGAGGAGACAGAAGGAGAAGCUGGAGGAGAAGAUCAUGGAUCAGUACAAGUUCUACGACCCCUCACCUCCACGGAGACGGGGGAAUUGGAUCACCCUGAAGAUGAAGAAGCUGAUCAAGCCGAGGAGUCGGGAGAGGAUGCGUUCCCUGACACUGACUCCCACACGCUCCGAGUCCAGCGAGGGCUUCCUGGGGCUUCCUCUGGACAGCCAGGACUCCUCCUCCAUAGGCUCUGGCUCCAACUCCCUGGACGACACGCUGACACACAAGAGGAGCAGCAGGAAGAGAGACUCUCAGAGAGUGCAGCAUUCCCAUGUGCAGGGUAACCAGGGUAACCAGGGUUCCUCUAAUGCUCUGAAAAGGUUGCCCUUUAUGAGGACCAGAUCGAAGGAGAAAGACAAAGAGAAGGCCAUCUACCGCCGGUCCAUGUCUAUGAACGACUUGCUACAGACCAUGGCGCUGGCGGGGGGUCAGUGGGCAGGCAGCACAGAGAACCUGGAGGCGCCCGUCGAGACCAACGGGGGCAGCGGUGCCCGGCGAAUGAAAGGGCUGGGUUCCAUGGCCUACUCCACCAACGCUAUCAACUACGCCACACUCACCCUGCCUUCAGGCAGCAGGGCCAAGAGGAGCCUGAAGAUCAAAGACAACGCUUCCUGUGAAGAUGUUCCAGCAUCCUCAGACGACCCCAUUGGGGUCAAAGGGAAAGCCUCCAGACCCUCCAGCCUCCAUAGUAUCAAGACCAUCAGUAGUAAUAGCAAUAAUAACUCCCACUUCUCUCCACUCCAGACCAAAGGCACGUUGAACGGAAACCUCAGCAGGCCCCACAGUGAGAGCAGUGGGGAGUUCAGUCUCAGUCUGGACCAGGAGGAGUGGUCCAGCGGGAGCAGCCCUGUCCAGCAGCCCCUGUCCCGCUCCUCUCACCAGAGCCCCAUGCUGCUGCGGAGGUCCCUGGACCCCCAGGCCGCCCAGGCCAGGAAGAAGACGAGCAACUCCUUGGGCAGCGCCAGUGAAGUGGUCUCUCUACAGCAGUUCCUAGAGGAGAGCACCGACCCUGCAGAGUCUGGCAGCCAAGAGAAUCUGACCGUUGAGUCUCCCCGCCUCUCUGGAGGCGCUGAGCAUGUGCAGAGGGACCGGGCUGAGCGAGGCUCCACCUCCUGCACCGGCACUAAGGGGCGGGGCAUCCUGCGCUCAGCCAGUGGGAAGGCAGCGCCAGUGCACUCAGACAGCCGCCCCCCAAGGGGUGGCCAACCAGGUCGUCCCAGUCUACGGAAGGCAGAGAGUACGCGUGUGAAGGGCACGGUCCAGCCCCGGGUCAGCCUCUCCUCCCAGAGUAAAGCCAUGUCUGUGUCUGAGCGUCUGGACAUCUCCUCCACCUCCUUCUCCACGCUGCCCCGGGCCAGCAGCGUCAUCUCCACAGCUGAGGGCUCCACGCGUCGGACCAGCAUACACGACCUGCUGUCCAAAGACGCCCGGCAGCCCGUGUCUGUGGACCACUCACCCUCCUCAAAGGCCUCGCCUCGCGCCUCCACCACGCCCAAUGUGGAAGUGUUACAAGAGCGCAGAAAGUCAAAAAGCGGAACUGGGGAGCAACAAAGCUCCUAAACAUUAAUGAUGAGCUCAAGUGGUGAGUGCUGCUCUCCAAGUCCAACAGGGAGAUGGGGGGGGGGGGCUCCAUGGUAACCCAAAGUGGUGUAACAGAUGUCCCAUCCUGGACAUGCUUGCUAAUGCUACGCUGGUGUGUAUUUGUCGUCCCCCCUGGCCUGGCUGGUGCCACCCGGUAAAGGGCACAUGAAUGGACCGUCUGCAUGGCGUCUGGUGGAACACGCUUUGCCCAUUUAUGUGCCCAAUCCCUAAUAACAGGAGGACCUGUCUGUCCUGCUACACGUACAUGCACCCCCUCCCUCCCUCCCUGCUCCUCAGUGAUACUGUGUGUCCAUAGCUGGCUUUUCUUAUAACUUUUUUCUGUUCAUAUUCAGGAAAAAGCACCGGUGGCUCUAUACAAGGUUGUGGUCCCUUUGCGAGCUUAUCUAUCUGCAGUACUGCAUGGCUUUGGUGUCGUGCAGCUGAAACCCCUCCCCUUACCCUGACUGUCGAUGCAUGUAGACCGCUUUCCUGUGCGUCCAUAUCUACAUGUUCAUCUUCUUCUCUGUCAUUUCUGCCUCUAACUUUUUUCUGUCCGCUUCUCUUCUUCUCUUUCACUCUGUCUGCCUCCAGCUCAGAGGAAAGUGACCUUCAAGCUGUCUGUUUGACUUUGAAGCCUUUAAAAGUUGGUCUACUUAGAUGGUCUUCAGUGAGAAAAGCUUGUAAAAACAACAACAUUUAAAUCAAUUUCAAGAAUGCUUCAAUAGAGAAAAGUAAACUUCCUCUCUUUUUUCCUUGAAUCAAGGAAACAAAACUCAUAAAGGGACAUUUCUAAAAUGUUAAAUUUCAUAUUCAUAAUCUCCAGCAACCACCCGAACAUCAACAUAUGGGAAAAUGGCGCGUUUCUAUGUUUUGUAGUAAAAAACAGAGGAAGAUAUGUUUCCAAUUAUAUCAUUGUUGUGCAUUGUGUGAUUUUUAACCAAUUAUGAGUAGGUAUUGCUUGCUAAUUGGUUGAUGUUGUUGGAAAAUAUAUUUUUUACUGCAAAACAUAAAUGCACCUUUUUUUACAUAUGUUGAUGUUGGGGUGGUGCUGGAGGUGAUGAAUAUGAAGUAGAAACAUGUUGAAAUUUCCCUUUAAGACAUAUAGGUAACUGCCAAAAUAAAAGAAAUGCCAACAAAGUGUCUUAAUAGGGCGUUGGGCCACCCAGAACAGCUUCAAUGCGCCUUGUCAUAUAUUCUACAAGUGUCUGGAACUCUAUUGGAGGGAUGCGACACCUUUCUUCCACAAGAAAUUCCAUCAUUUUGUGUUUUGUUGAUGGUGGUGAAAAACGCUGUCUCAGACACCACUCCAGAAUCUCCCAUAAGUGUUCAAUUGGGUUGAGAUCUGGUGACUGAGACAGCCAUGACAUAUGGGUUGAGAUCUGGUGACUGAGACAGCCAUGAGAUAUGGUUUAUAUCGUUUUCAUGCUCAUCAGACCAUUCAGUGACCAAUCGUGCCCUGUGGAGGGAAAUAGGGCCCGUUUGUUUCGCAUGGCCCGGUACGCCGGGUGGGUGUAGAUUUCACUUAAGGACCAAUGGGAGCACCGGGCCAUGCAAAAUUCUCAGAAUAGAUGUGUAUGUAUUGGUGUUUACCUUGCCCUCUAAGGGGUUGAGAGGACCUAAACCAUGGCAGGAAAAUGCUCCCCACACCAUAACAGUGCUGUGAGAACCCUCAUUUACUCAAGUUUCUCCUUUAUUUUGGCAGUUACCAGUAUGUGGUGACAAUUGUUUUUCUAAAAUGGACUUUCUGGCAAAUUUUUACCUUUUUAUUUAACUAGACAAGUCAGUUAAGAACAAUUUCUUAUUUUCAAUGACGGCAUAGGAACAGUGGGUUAACUGCCUUGUUCAGGGGCAGAACGACAGAUUUUUACCUUGUCAGCUCGGGGAUUCGAUCAUGCAACCUUUCGGUUACUAGUCCAACGCUCGAACCACUAGGCUAACUGCUAUGGUGACAGGCUGCUAAUGUUCACUCUACACGGACCUACACUUGGUGCCAAUGUUCACGCAAAGCCAAAUGGGUGAGCUUAAACUAGACCCUGGGGACUCCACGUUGUCCUCUGUGUGACUUUGAAUCAGCUGGACUUUUGCAGUCUGCCAUUUGAUGUUAAUGAUACUCUUUGUAAAUGAGCAUGCACAUGCAACAUCUUUCUACUGUGGAACAGCUGACGUCUACUUUCAGCAAUAUGCACCGGAAAUAAACUGCAUGUGGACACAGAACAACAAGGUCAACCACAAUCUGCAUGGAGCAAUCAAUCAACACGCUUUCCUCCCAAUCAGAAUGGACUAUGUUUUAAGUUGUGUUCCUCUGAAAUGCCAAAAUGACUAUCGCAGGAAGCCAUGCCAUCUGUUUGAUUGACAGCCAAUCCAAUCAAGAUAAAGGCUGUGUGAGCUGAAUGGCACAGCGUAUAUGUGUACAGUGCUGUCAGAUUACCGUGUCUGUGAUGAUGACCUAGUGUCCACUUCCUCCACUUUUACAUAAAUCCAUUUGAUGUAAUGAAGACUCCUGUGUGUCAUUUCAUCUUCACUGCCCACAGCGUCAAGUCUUCAUCUCAUAAAGGACUGUCAAGUGUCAUCUAUUCUUUGUCUGAUGAAUAAUAACUUGAAUAAUUUGUUGUUGGGAUAUUGGAUGAAAGUAAUAUCAUGAUUUCUACAGACAGAUUGAUGUAAUGCCCAUUUAAAUAUUAUAUAU